AUGUCGGUGCCUGCCGAACCACUGACACAGGUCGUGGUCGCGGACAAUGAAAAGGUCCAAGCGGCCUCGAGCGAUCGAUCGGCAUCGGGAGAUUCGACUGAAGCCAAGGCCCCGGAUAAUGCGCUGCAACCACCGGAUAAGAAGAAAUGGAAUGGCAAGUUGAACCCGCUGCGAUGGGCAACACCACCACCGGUCCCCGAAGAAAGGACACCGUCGAGAGAGUAUGGCGCAUCUUUCUUUAGUAUAGUGUCGUUCCAAUGGAUGUCACCUUUAAUGAGGGUGGGCUACUUGCGUCCGCUUGAUCUUCAAGAUAUUUGGACCGUGAAUCCCAAUCGAACCGUCGAUGUCCUAUCGGAGCGUUUGGACGCUGCGUUGGAGCGUCGGACAGCGCGCGGCAGUAAACGCCCCCUUCUUUGGGCGCUGUACGACACAUUUAAAUUUGAGAUCAUUCUGGGUGGAAUCUGCCAGUUUUUCAGUUCGUUGUUGUUGGUUUUUGCGCCUUAUCUGACUCGUUACUUGAUUGCCUUUGCCACCGAGGCUUGGGAGGCCCAGCACGAUGGGCAAGGCGCUCCCAACAUUGGACGCGGAAUGGGCUUCGUCAUCGGAAUCAGCUCCAUGCAGGCCCUACAGAGUUUAUGCACGAAUCAGUUCCUGUAUCGUGGACAGAUGGUCGGUGGGCAGAUUCGUGCGGUACUCAUCUCACAGAUUUUCAACAAGGCGAUGAAGCUCUCUGGUCGGGCGAAAGCAGGUGGGCAGGCUACAUCGGAGGAGAUCAAGGCCUUGGAAGCGACCAAGGAAGAACUCAUCAAGUCCGACGGGAAAGGGAAGGGCAAGAAGGAGCAACCAUCUCCUGCUGGCGUGGCAGGCGACGGUCGCGGCUGGAACAAUGGAAGAAUCGUUGCUCUGAUGAGUAUCGACGUUGACCGUAUCAAUUUGGCUUGCGGCAUGUUCCACAUGAUUUGGACGGCGCCUAUCACCAUCAUCGUGACCUUGAUUCUGCUGUUGGUCAACAUUGGCUACAGCUGUCUCGCGGGCUACGCUUUGCUCGUUAUCGGCGUACCGUUCUUGACUUAUGCCGUUCGAUUCCUGGUCAAGCGACGAAGAAACAUCAACAAAAUCACGGACCAGCGAGUCUCUUUGACCCAAGAAAUUCUGCAAGCUGUACGAUUCGUCAAGUACUUUGGCUGGGAAAGCGCCUUCUUGGGGCGCCUUAAGGAGAUUCGCUCACGAGAAAUCCGCUCCAUUCAGACUCUGCUCGCUGUCCGAAACGGCAUUCUUUGUGUCUCCAUGUCCAUCCCCAUUUUCGCCUCCAUGCUAUCUUUCAUCACCUACGCCCUUUCGAAGCACGACCUCAACCCUGCACCGAUUUUCUCGUCUCUCGCUCUGUUCAACUCUCUGCGUAUGCCGCUGAACAUGCUCCCGCUGGUCAUCGGACAGGUCACCGAUGCCUCAACCGCCCUUCAACGAAUUCAAGAAUUCCUGUUCGCCGAGGAACAGCGGGAAGACAUCGAGCAUGACGAGGAAAUGGAAACCGCCAUUGAAAUCGAACAUGCUUCCUUUACGUGGGAACGAUUACCGACCGACAAAGAUGCCGAAAAGCCCGGGAAGAAAGCCGAUGCCGCCGCCGCCGCUUUAAAGGAAAAGGAGGAGGCCGAGAAGGAAGUGCCCACGGAACCAUUUAAGCUGAAAGACUUGACCCUCGAAGUGGGAAGAAAUGAGUUAUUGGCUGUGAUUGGCACAGUCGGCUGCGGCAAAAGCUCUCUUCUUUCUGCACUUGCAGGUGACAUGCGAGUCACUGAUGGCAAGGUCCGAAUGAGCACUUCUCGAUCAUUCUGUCCUCAAUACGCCUGGAUUCAGAAUGCCUCUGUCCGCAACAACGUUCUGUUUGGAAAGGAUUAUGACGAGAAAUGGUACAAUGAAGUCAUUGAUGCUUGCGCUCUGGUUCCUGACUUUGAAAUCCUCCCCAAUGGUGAUCAAACCGAGAUCGGUGAGCGCGGUAUCACUGUGUCUGGAGGACAGAAGCAGCGUCUGAAUAUAGCUCGUGCUAUCUACUUCAACGCCGAAAUGGUUCUGAUGGACGACCCGUUGUCUGCAGUGGAUGCCCAUGUCGGCCGUCACAUUAUGGAUAAGGCCAUCUGUGGUCUUCUCAAGGAUCGCUGCAGAAUUCUGGCAACACAUCAACUUCACGUGCUCAGCCGAUGCGAUCGCGUUGUGGUAAUGGACCAAGGAAAGAUCCAUGCGGUUGACACGUUUGAUAACCUGAUGCGCGAUAAUGAAAUCUUCCAGCGGCUCAUGGCUACAUCAGGACAGGAUGACGCCGAGGAGGAGACUGAGGAUGGCGAAGAAGUGGAUGAGAAGCUCAAGGAGAAGGAGGCAGGCCCCAAAAAAGCUGCACCCGGCAAACCAGCUGGCGGUUUGAUGCAACAGGAAGAAAAGGCAACCGCCUCCGUGGGAUGGGGUAUCUGGAAAGCUUAUAUACAGGCAUCUGGCAGCUACUUCAACGCGCUCAUGGUCUUUAUCCUCCUCGCACUUGCGAAUGUCGUCAACAUCUGGACUAGCUUGUGGCUAUCCUACUGGACAUCCGACAAGUAUCCCUCGCUGUCUACUGGCCAGUAUAUUGGCAUCUAUGCCGGACUCGGCGGUUUGGUUGUCCUGAUGAUGUUCCUGUUCUCAACAUAUAUGACCACCUGCGGAACAAAUGCCAGUAAGACCAUGCUUCAGCGUGCGAUGAGACGUGUCCUUCGCGCUCCGAUGUCGUUCUUCGACACCACACCCCUUGGUCGCAUCACCAAUCGCUUCUCCAAGGAUAUUCAGGUCAUGGAUAAUGAGAUCUCGGAUGCUAUGCGGAUGUACGCGUUGACAAUGACUAUGAUUAUCUCCGUUAUGGUCUUGAUCAUCGUCUUCUUUUACUAUUUCGUCAUCGCCCUUGUCCCAUUGAUGGUCUUGUUCCUGCUCGCCGCCAACUACUAUCGAGCCUCUGCCCGCGAGAUGAAGCGCCACGAAGCAGUUCUUCGAUCCAUGGUAUACGCCAAAUUCAGCGAAGCCAUCACCGGUACCGCCUGCAUUCGUGCCUACGGUGUCGAGAAUCAGUUCCGCACCAGCAUUCGCAACGCGAUCGACGUGAUGAAUGGCGCAUACUUCCUCACCUUUUCUAACCAGCGCUGGCUGAGUGUGCGACUUGAUGCAGUUGCCACAUGUCUUGUGUUUGUUACUGGUGUGCUGGUUGUGACCUCUCGGUUCAAUGUUUCCCCCAGUAUCUCUGGCUUGGUUCUGUCUUAUAUCCUAUCAAUCGCUCAGAUGUUGCAGUUCACCGUCCGGCAAUUUGCCGAAGUGGAGAAUGAUAUGAACGCAACUGAGCGUGUCCAUUACUAUGGAACUGAGCUGGAGGAAGAGGCUCCCUUGCAGGGCGUUGAGGUCUCCUCCAGUUGGCCCGAGAAGGGCAGAAUUGUCUUCCAGGACGCGCAGAUGCGAUACCGUGAUGGUCUACCGCUCGUGCUCAAGGGCCUCAGCAUGGAUGUCCAGGGCGGUGAGCGAAUUGGUAUUGUCGGGCGCACCGGUGCCGGCAAGUCGAGUAUCAUGUCUGCUCUGUUCCGCCUGACCGAGCUAUCUGGAGGCAGCAUCCACAUCGACGACCUGAACAUCUCCACAGUCGGUCUUCAAGAUCUUCGAUCGCGUCUUGCGAUUAUCCCUCAAGAUCCAGCUCUCUUCAAAGGCACCAUUCGCACGAACCUGGACCCCUUCAAUGAGCAUUCCGAUUUGGAACUGUGGUCUGCUCUGCGCAGGGCCUACUUGAUCGGGGAGGACACUAUGGGCCCCGACACAGAAGGUCUCCCCAGCAUUCCUGGAUCCGGCACCACCACCCCAGCCACCGACAGCCUGGCAAAGCCCCACAACCGCCUGACCUUGGAGUCCCCCGUCGACGAAGAGGGUCUCAACUUCUCUCUGGGCCAGCGUCAACUCAUGGCCCUUGCUCGUGCUCUCGUUCGUGACGCACGUAUCAUUGUCUGCGACGAGGCUACUUCCUCCGUUGAUUUCGAAACCGACCAGAAGAUUCAGCGCACCAUGGCCCAAGGCUUCCAAGGCAAGACACUGCUCUGCAUUGCCCAUCGCCUGCGCACGAUCAUCCACUACGACCGAAUCUGUGUCAUGGACCAAGGCCAGAUCGCCGAGAUGGACUCCCCGAUCGUCCUCUGGGACAAGACAGACGGUAUCUUCCGCGCAAUGUGCGACCGCAGCGGCAUCACCCGUGACGAUAUCUUGAUGACCGAUUGA